CAAAAGCAGGAAAAGUGACCCCAGCCCGGACUCUGCCAACCACGGAGGACUUAGCCUCCUACCGGCAAGGGAGCAGAGGAGCGCGGAGGGAGACGGAGAAUGACGCCGGGCGCAGGGAGGUGCCGGCCGGCGCGGUGGCUGCAGGUACUGUUGCCCUUCCUGAUGUCUUUGUUCCGCGGGGCUCUCCCAGACCAGAUCCGCUAUUCAGUUCCCGAGGAGCUGGCCAAGAACUCGGUGGUGGGAAGCCUCGCCAAGGACCUGGGGCUCGGUGUCCGGGACUUGCCGUCCCGGAAGCUGCGGGUCAGCGCGGAGAAGGCAUAUUUCACUGUAAACCCAGAGAGCGGGGACUUACUUGUGGGUGACAGAAUAGACAGAGAGCAGAUUUGCGGGAAGCAGCCUCUGUGUGUCCUGGAUUUCGAUACUGUCGCUGAAAACCCACUAAAUAUUUUUCACGUAGCAGUAAUCGUGCAUGAUAUAAAUGACAACGCUCCGCUAUUCAAGCAGAGUAAGACCGAUUUAAAAAUUGGAGAAUCCACUCAACCAGGUACAGCAUUUCCACUAGACCCAGCUCUGGAUUCAGAUAUCGGUCCUAAUUCACUGCAAAGAUACCACCUUGAUGACAACGAGUACUUUGAUCUCGCGGAGAAACAGACUCCCGAUGGACGUAAAUAUCCUGAAUUGAUUCUGAAACAUUCUCUGGACAGAGAAACGCAUAAUUUCCAUCAACUGGUUCUCACAGCUGUGGACGGCGGAGACCCACCUAAAAGCGGCACCACCCAAAUCAGAAUCCAAGUCACGGAUGCCAAUGAUAACCCUCCGGUGUUCAGCCAGGACGUGUACAGGGUCACCCUGCGGGAGGACGUGCCCCCAGGUUUCUCCGUGCUUCGAGUGACAGCCACCGACCAGGAUGAAGGCGUCAACGCCGAGAUCGCCUACUCCUUUUAUCAUGUGGACGAGCAAGUGGAACACUUUUUCAGCUUAGAUAAAAGAACAGGCGACAUCACGACGAAGGAUGAUUUGGAUUUCGAAACUGCUAAUAGUUACACUCUGAAUAUCGAAGCCAAAGAUCCUGGAGAUCUAGCAGCGCAUUGCAGUGUUCAGGUUGAAAUUCUUGAUGAGAACGACUGUGCACCUGAAGUGAUUGUGACUUCAGUAUUUACCCCCCUGCCAGAGGAUUCGCCGCCAGGAACAGUGAUCGCCUUGAUAAAGACGAGGGACAGAGACUCUGGAGAGAAUGGAGAAGUUCACUGCCGCGUCUUGGAAAAUACCAAGUUUAUGUUGAGAUCUUCCUCGAAAAACUAUUAUAAGCUAGUGACAGACAGCGUCCUGGACCGGGAGGAGAUACCAGAGUACAACGUCACCAUCACAGCCACAGACCGGGGCAAGCCGCCCCUCUCCUCCAGCAUAAGCGUCACCCUGCACAUCUCCGACGUCAAUGAUAAUGCCCCAGUUUUCCACCAGGUCUCCUACGUGGUCCACGUGCCAGAAAACAACCCACCUGGCGCCUCAAUCGCGCAGGUCAGCGCCUCGGACCCGGACUUGGGGCCCAACGGCCAAGUCUCCUACUCGAUCGUGGCCAGCGACCUGGAGCCCGGGUCGCUGUCGUCCUACGUGUCGGUGAGCGCGCAGAGCGGCGUGGUGUUCGCGCAGCGCGCCUUCGACCACGAGCAGCUGCGCGCCUUCGAGCUGACGCUGCAGGCCCGCGACCAGGGCUCGCCCGCGCUGGGCGCCCACGUGAGCCUGCGCGUGCUGGUGGGCGACCGCAACGACAACGCGCCGCGCGUGCUGUACCCCGCGCUGGGGCCCGACGGCUCCGCGCUCUUCGACACGGUGCCGCGCGCCGCGGAGCCCGGCUACCUGGUCACCAAGGUGGUGGCGGUGGACGCCGACGCGGGACACAACGCCUGGCUGUCCUACCACGUGCUGCAGGCCAGCGAGCCCGGGCUCUUCAGCCUGGGGCUGCGCACGGGCGAGGUGCGCACGGCGCGCGCUUUGGGCGACAGGGACGCGGCCCGUCAUCGCCUGCUGGUCGCGGUGCGUGACGGAGGACAGCCGCCCCUCUCGGCCACCGCCACGCUGCACCUAAUCUUUGCGGAUAGCUUACAAGAGAUACAGCCUGACCUUGGCGAGCAUCUCGCUCCUUCUAAUCCCCAGGAGGAGCUGCAGUUUUACCUGGUGGUGGCCUUGGCCUUGAUCUCUGUGCUCUUCCUCCUCGCCGUGAUUCUGGCCAUCGCCCUGCGCCUGCGACGCUCCGCCAGCCCAGUCGCCUGGGGCUGCUUUCAGCCUGGUCUCAGCUCCAAGUCUGGACCUGGAGUUCUCCCCAAUUACAGCGAGGGAACGUUGCCCUUUUCCUACAAUCUGUGCGUUGCCUCACAAUCAGCUAAGACAGAGUUUAAUUUUCUCAGUGUGACCCCAGAAGUGGCUCCCUCCCAAGAUCUCCUCUGUGACAACGCCUCUUUGGGACCAAGUACACAUUAUGAAGAUGCUGGGGUCCCAUUUACCUCAGAUACGAUUUUAAAGGUGAGCCUUAAUUUAAUUCAUUUAUUUUUACUUCUAUUGUUUUAUUUUUUCUGUAAAGAUAUCAUUGAGUAA